AAUAAGAGAGAGGGAGAGGGAGAGGGGAUGAGAGGAAGAGAGAGAGAGAGAAGAGGAGGAGGGAGGAGGUAAAAAGGCAAGACAUAGUAGGACAGAGUGUGUUGGAGGGCAGCAUACAGUAGCAUACUGCUGUGUUGUGACUAUGGAGAGAGCAUGGGAGCAGCAGGACCAAAACAAGAGGAGAAGGGGGAUACAAUGAGGACACAGCUUGGUUUUUUCCCUGAUCAAUAAAAGGCAGAAUUAGUUCAGAAUCUGAGCAUUAGAAAAGAGGGCUCAUUAAGCAGCAUUGCUUUGCAGACCUGACUGCCUGCAGACUCCUCUGAGUUUGAAUUCUACCAACAAGGGAUUUUACAAAAUGAAGACUAAGUCACUUUGAACCUUGAGGACAUAAAACAGAAAGCGGAAAACUAGCACCUGACAUUUGGACUCAAGAAAACAAGACGUCUUGCAGCAGAAUCAAACAAAACACUCAGACGGAUGUAAUGGCGUGGAAACGCUGCCGCUCUCUUAAAUUAUCAGACUUUUGAGUCAGUCAGACGAGGGAUGGGGAGACGAGCGGCUGACCUGACGACUCCGGUUCCAGUUUUAGGCGUCCCUGCUCUGGUUGGAGUGCGUGGUUUGAGGACGACAGGAGGAGACAGAAGCGGAGGAGCCCUGCUGCAGAAGUGGGGACUUCAUUGCAGCGUUGGUGUUCAGACAUCGCCGGGGAUAAGCAGACCACCUACCGAGCACAGUGUACAGCUAACCGAUACACUCUCCACGCCAUCAGAUAGCAUUACUCAAACAUCCAACAGCUAUAUAACCAAGGAAACGGAGUACAAGGAAAUAUUACUGCUAACAAAGAGUGACAAGGAGAAAAGGGCUAUUUUAAAACAGAAAAGUGGGGAAUCCAAGACCAAAAAGGAAGUGACUUUCAAAGCACUUGGAGGUGAGGCCUCUGAGGAUGUGGCCUGCAGUCAGAGGAACAGUAGUGGGACUUAUUGCUAUGCCAGGGCAAUCAAGACCAACCCACACUUUGCAGGGAAUGUAACCACUGUCAGGCCCAAACUAAAAUCUGCUGCCCGCUACACCAAUGGCAGCGUGGUUGAUUCGGAGGCGAUCGGUGGAAUAAGCGUUGAUAACGACGAAGCGGAGCCCGUAAAGAGCGCAACUUCUCGUGGCAGAGACCAAACCAGACAGCAAGGUCAUUAUGCAGAUCAGUCAGGGAAGAUGCUGCUGUUACCUGCUGCCCGACCUUUUGGUGUGCCACAAAAAAUAUGCAGCCAUUGCGGUGGGAGACAGUCUGGAGCCACAGGGGCCGCCACUUUAGGGGAAAAAAGCCCCGCUGCUGACGCUUGCCCAUUAAAGUCAGCCUUCACCACGCUCUUGACAACCUCACAUUUCCAGGUGCCCCAUACAGAGAGAAACAGAGACCUCAAGCAAACCCAACAUCAAAUCCCCGACAGCAUCACAAACAGAGACAUUACAGCGGAUCCGCAAAUAUUAUAUAUCAACGAAGAACUAAGGUACAGAAAAACUCCACACCCAGCAUGCCCAGUGCACUCUAGAGGCAGUCUGGUCACUUUGUCACAUACACAUGCUGCCACAGAUGCAACAUCCACCCAGCCCACAACCAUCCUACAUGCAAAAACCGUCACUGUCACGAAAGCAACCAUUGAAACAAGACAGGAUGAUUCCAGUUUAAAAUCCUCCACAAAAGCGACACAGGACAGUAGGAUCCCCCGCCCAACAAGUCUCAUGUUGACUCCGCAGAUGGCCACAGCUACAAAGCCAAACAACCCACAUUCGCACACUUAUCCUAAGCUCCUCAAAACAUCACAGCGCAGCUCUACACAUUAUAAUGUGCCUCAGAAUGUAUGUGUAUCUGUGCACACUACACCUGAAAAGACUCUGUCGCCACCUUCUCUUUUAUAUACUACAGCCACGGGACCUGAAAACACAUCCAACACCAACACACACAAAACAACCAUGUCCACAAAAAGUGUACCUGCUAAAGUUGUUAAUGCUCAACAUGAAACCAUACAGCUGCACUCAACGCUUACAGCACAGGUAAACAUAGCAACAAAUACAACUGAUAGCCCACAACUGACUCCGCAAUGUCCCACAUUAUCAAAAGCAACCAAUGCAUCAGAGCCUAUUCACGGAGCAGAAGCAGCUGCACAGAAUACACCUGCGAGUCCACCAUGCACUUCACCUGAUCCAGCUCAGAAACCACAAGAAAAGCUAGCCUCAAAAGCUGAUGCUAAUCCACCCGCAUUCUCCAGUCUUGCUACCAAACCACACACAACUACACCACAUUUCAGCAUUAAAGCUACUUCAGGUCAAACUACGCACACCAGUGCUAAACAUAAUGCUAAAUCUGUAGCUAGACCAAGUCACCUUAUUCAGCCUAACUCCUCAAAAUCAGAGCCCAUACUUCAUGUAUCUACAGCAUCCCUAAACACAACAUCUAGUGCAACUAAACCUCUGCAUUCAAGAGCUAGGUUGCCUUUAAGUGCAACUCCCAGUUCCAAAUCUACACUAAAAAGCACUCUACACAAAAGUAUCACCCUCAGGAACUCCACAAUCAGUCUGAGACAUUCACCACCUACAGCUAAUUGCUCAUCAUCUACGCCAACAGAAAACCAAAGUAAUGUCUGUGCAUCAAGUACAACUUUGCUUCAAUCAGACACAACACGAGAAGAACUUCAGUGUAAUGAAGCACCACACACAAAUAAAUCUGGUCACACACAAGCAGAAGACAUCAGAGCUCAAACCAGUAAUAAGUCUGUUGUCUAUAGUGUUUCCAACAAGGAAAACAACUCCAAAACAACUCCCCUCACAUUAUCUAAGCUGCUAAAUGUGUCAAACAAUCACAGCAGAGGCAGUGAUGUGAGCACCUGCAGUCCUAAAUCAUUAGCCGAUCCCAAUACUGAGUCACAUACUGAUAAAAACAAAUUCAAUGGUAAUCUAAUCAAUGAAUUAGUUGUGCAUGAGUCAAAAGACCAUGAAAAUUCAAAUCCAUCACAGGUCACUAACCUUCAGAAUUACAUUUCCCUAAUUAAGUCAAGCAGCUCUUGUCUGCGGGGUUGCAUAAACACAGAACAACAAAGGCUUGCGCAUUAUCAAGGAUACACAAAAACAGAGCAUGAGGGACACUGUGCUACUUGCCCACCAGUUAAAACAGCCCAGGAGACAGAUUCAAAUACAGAACGGUUUGCCCUGGGUACAUCAGCCAGGCAUGCAAACAUUAAGCUUAAAUCCAAUGCAGAUAAACAGACAUCCAGUUACUCAGCACCCUCUGUCAUAGCACAAACAAAAUGCAUUAGCUCAUCACCGGUGAGCACUAGAGCACAUGUCGACCCUAUCACUCAAUCUGCUGUCCACCAAAGCUCUGAUUCACAUGUAUCAUCACUACCGCAAGUACAUGCAGGUGGAGAGCUUUCUGUCAUGGCACCAGCCCCAUUCAAAAGUGAGGGAGAGCUCUGUACACACACAGGCCCUGAAUGUAAUUCCAUAUUGCCGUCAUCAACAAUGCACUCGGCGUUUCAUCCCCGCUUCCAGUCCUGCAAGGCGGAGGAAAUGGUCACAGCGGAUUCAAAGUUUAGCCUCGCUCCCCCUCAGCUUGGCCCAGAGGACUCUGGCCUGGCUCACUCCCACCCAGCUGAUGCAGCCCUGUUGCUGCCUCCCUCCCCACAGUGCUGCAAAUCAGCAGCCCUACAGCAGAGGCUCGAGACUGUGGAGGCCAGCCUGGCAGCCAACAAGGACAGGAUCACUACUCUGCUUAACAUUAUCCAUGACCUGGAGACGUGCCACACUCCCACCAGCGGUCGGCGAUGCUUCAAAACUGGACAGGACCUCAAAAACUGCUCAACCUGCCAGAAGACUGCUUGUAUAGUCUACAGUGUGGAGUAUGACUUCAGGCAACAGGAGAGACGUUUCUUGGAGGUUCUGAAUCACUCAGCGAGGGGAAAUAAUGCUUUCACUGUGCACCUAUCACAGUCCUUAAACUUCAACCUGCUCAGAAAUGUCAUCAUUAAGAACUUAACAAAGUCAAAGGUGAAAAGCAAAAAGCUGUGCAAGACCCUGUUCAAAUGGCUGCCCAGAAAAAUCCAGCAGGUUUAGACCUCUCAACAAUACCUGUAUGCUGUCUAAUAGCCAUCAGCCUGUGUUACAAGUGACCAGCAGAAGCCUUUGCAGAGGACUCUUAUGAUUCCCUUCCUCCCCAUAGAAUGAGAUUACUUUGAAAUAGGCUCUUGCCCAUUAGAGUUCCACUCUCCUGCACAUUGUCAAAACUCAUAAGCAGGAUUUUGUACUCAAAUUUGCUCCUGAUCUUUGUGACCUUCAGCUACUAUUAUCCAUAAGGAAUUCUAUAUAUCACUUUUGAAAGUUAAUGUUAUUUUGUUGUCAACAUGCCUGCUUAAAAUUUAUGGCUAGCCACAGCCACAGAUUUCUUUAUCUAAUUUUACAUAUUACAAUCUGUUCUUUUUGCACUGUUAUGAUUAAUGCACUAUGAGUUCCACUUGAUGUUAUAUUUCCCCUUAAACUGUCCCCCUCACCUGCUUCUCCAUAAGAAUAAAUACAAUAUAAAACAAGUUUUUGAAUGGAAUUAUUUUGAGAUGCAAAAAUAAAAUCAGAA